UAUAUUGAUAUAAUUAUAAAAGUGUUGGAAGUUACAAGCCUUUGUGGAAUGUAGACAGACCGUGGUGAAUGAGAUCACAUAUAAUUUUGUUUUCAUUUCAGAUCUAUAUUAUGAUGUUGUCCUGUUGAUAUAGUAAAUGGAAACAUGCGAGUCAGAAAACAAGGAUAACAAUUCAUAGUCAAGCAAAAUGACAUCGCAGCAAGCAAAAGUGAAUGAAGCCGAUCUGCAACAAAAUGGAAAAGAAUCGUCAGCCUUGUCGUACAUGCAUAAUCCACCAAGAAUCAUGCCUAAUUAUGGGAAGAAAAAACGCAGCACUCUGCCAAAAUCGAACAUCUCCAGGGUGCUCUUGUAUGACAACGCGACCCAACAACAACAACUGGAUGUUAAACUUUCGCACAUAAAACUAGAACAAAACCGUGUACGAAGAAUACUAGACUUACACAAGCGUUCUUUUCUGUGGAGGCAGAAAAAACGUCAGCAGCACAUGGCAGAUAAUAAUAUAUCAUUACCAGACAUUCAGCAUAAUACAAAAGAAAACAGGAUACUAAGUAGACUGUCUAGUGAAUAUUCAUAUAAAUCUCCUAACGUACAACAACAUUCUUUUAAUAAUAAUCCAAGAACUAAAAGUGCGUUUUCUGUAUCUGAUCUAGAGGUGCUAAAACUUCCAGAACUACAAACAAAUGGCAAACACGUUAUUUUUAAACUGAAAGAGGCUAAUGGACAAACGCAAAUUUUUCAUACAAUUGAUAAUGAUGGAAUAUUUUCUGAAUUUGUACCAAUGCAUUCGUUUUAUAACAGAGCAUCGGAAGAUCCGAGAUUUCAAGGACUAGCAGAUUCUUUAGCGAGAAUUGAUAUAGAAACGGAUGGGUUAAAUGAAUUAAGCCCUAGUUACAGAAGUCCAAGAUUUUCACGGACGGUACACGUGUUACCGGUGAAUAACAAAAUCAAUAACGCCAAAAAAGGCGAGGAUAUGAUCGAAGUGGAAGAUCAUGAUAAUGAUCAUGAUAAUGAUAAUGACGAGGAUGAUUAAUAAACUAGGAUUUAAACGCAUUCAAGAGUAAACAUAUUAUUUAUUCGAUUCUGACCAUCACAGAAAAUCAUCAUGCCUGCUGAUAACUUUAUCCACUUUUCCAUUGAUGGAGGAUAAUUUUCAUUGUCCAUGGUUUUUACAACAGGUUAAGUUGAAUAAAGAAUUAUUAUUUCCA